UAUUAUUUUAUAAAAUUACUGUGAUUUAAAUGUCAAAUUCAUUAAAUCAGUUAAUAAUGGAAGCCAAGAAACCGAAAAUUCUUGAUCUAGCUCUCACAGCAGUAAAAGAUUUAAAAGAAAUUAAUGGUGCAAGUCCUUUGGAUAUCUGUAAUUACAUAUCAUCCACUUACAACAUUCCUAGAAAUGUAGCCAAACGUCAGACUUUGUUAGCACUCAAAAGAGGAACUGCCCAUGGAAUAUUAAAAGAAUCUGGAGGUCGUUACAGUCUUUUAACAGAUACAGAAAAAGAAUGUGUGGAAUUAACGAAUCAAGAGCUUGGUUUAUUGGAUCUCGCAUGCCGAAGACGUCGAAUGAUGCAGAGGAAAAGAAAAGCAUUGAAAAAAGCAGAAAAAGUUCAGAAAAAAGGACGUAUGAGAAAGUUAUCAAAAGGACGAAGUAGAAGAAGCAAAAGUCACAAGAGAGGACGAAGUCGUAGUAUAAAAGGUGGAAGGAAGAGAAGUAAAUCACGAAAAAUAAAAGGAAAGAGUAAAAGUAAAUCUCGAGGAAAUAAAAUACGUAGUUGUACGUGCCCAUCAUCUAGGCGAGAAAAGCAUAAACAUCGAAGCUCUUCUAGAAAAAGGCGAAGGGAUAAAAAAAUUAGAAAGAGUAGUAGAAGUAGAAAAAGGAGUAAAAGUGAAAGAAAACACCGUAGAAGUGAAUCACGUGCAAGAAAAAAAGAAAAAAAAGAGAAAAGAAAAAGUUCAAAGCGGAGAGGGAAGAAAGGAAGAAGAGAUUGUGAUUGUCCUGCGAGUGUGAGAGAUCGACCUGAAGGUUCUAAAGCUGAAGGAAAUGUUAAUAAAGAAAAACCGAAAGAUAAACAUAAAAAAGAUGCAAAAAAGGACCUCAAUGAAAAAGCUGAAGCCAAGAAAGAAAAUUAUUUUUAUGAGCUUAUUAAAAUGAACUUUGGUAAUCGGAAUCAAACUAACUCUCCAAAAUUGACUGCUACCAAUAAUUAGUUGGGUUCUAGGGUGGUUCAUUAAAAGCGAUGAUAUUCAAUUGUCUGAAAAAUU